UGUCAGUGUAUCCUGAUAACAUGGCUUGUGGUGAAGGCCAUCAACACCAUCCUUCUGCACUGGCUCAUCUUCCUGGUCGACAUGGACCCCAUCGUCACCAACUUUGCCACCAUGGACUUCCCCAACUGUGCAUCCACAUCUCUAUCCGGGCCCCUGACCACUGGGCAUCCGAUUACAUUAACUGCAAGGUGGUGAGGUCCAUCAAUGUGGAGCUGCUGAAGAGGCUUGUCCGUCUGGGAGACCUGGACACCAUCUUUGCUGGGCUUGGCUUCCAGAACUGUGGAGGAGCCCUUGAUGGGACACACAUCCCAAUCUGCACACCACCCCAUCGAGCAGCCCAGAUUAUUAAUCACAAGGGCUACUUUUCUAUGGUGCUGCAGGCCCUGGUCAACCACCGGGGACAGUUUAUAGACAUUUGUGUCGGGUGGUCGGGGUGGACACAUGAUUCCUGCAUCUUUCUCAACUUGUACCUGUACCACAGGUUGCAGGCAGGGAUAUUUUUCCCACAGCUGGACCUCACGCUUCAGGACAUGCUGAUGCCAGUGUGCAUCGUGACCUAUGUGGCCUACCCGCUGAUACUGUGGCUCAUGAAGUCCUACGCUGGCCACCUGGAUGCGAGCACGGAGCUAUUUAACACACAUCUUAGCCAGGCUCGCAUGCAGAUGGAAUGCGCAUUUGGCCACUUGAAAUGGAGGUUUCGUUGCCUCCUCACACGAUUGGACAUGAGCGAACGCAAACCAUCCCCGAGGUGGUAGCCGCAUGUUGUGUGCUUCAUAACCUUGUGGAGAGGAAAGAGGAGGCCUUCCUGGCAGGGUGGGGGACAGGUACUGAUGGCAAAGGGAGGUAAUUUGAGCAGCCCUGGACAGCUGCCAUCCGCCAGGCUCACCAGUCUGGUGUUCACAUCUGAGAGGCCCU